AUGCGUGUGAUUAUUGUAGGUGGGGGAGUAGCGGGUCUCAAGGCCGCCUUGGAUUUGCACUCUCAGGGAGUUGAGUUUGUGCUUUUGGAGGCCCGUGCCCGUCUGGGAGGCCGUAUUCUGACGGACAGGACUGGCCUGACGGCUUACGAUCUGGGAGCUUCGUGGGCCCAUGAUACUUUGACAAACGAGCUGUUUGACGAGAUGGUAGCUGACGGUGGCUACGACCUGUACUAUGAUGACAUGGAGCCCUACCUGGUGGGAGAGCAUCUUUCCAACGAUGAUUUUCAGAGACUGAAAAUCGAGCAGGUUGCAAACGAGAUCACGAAAUUCGUUGAGCUGAGAGAGUUCAGCAGCCUCGAUGUUGAGGACCAAAGUCUGCGAGACGUGGUGAAGGAGUACAUUUGCAAGCAGGGGAAGCUUCUGACGUCUGAGCAGGCUGACUAUGCCCCUCAGUUUGUUCGACACCUGGAGCUAUGGCACGGUAUAGGAUGGGAGGAGAUGAGCUCGAAAUACGCGCUCGUUGACAAUGUUGGACGCAACUGUCUGAUUAGGUCGGGCUAUGAUCGAUUAGUUCAGAACAUGGUAGACAAGCUCCCGAAAGAGUGCCUGAAAACUGAGCAGGUGGUAACUCGGGUCGAAAACUCAACAACUGUCGUCGUGCAGACGGCUGACGGGAACAUCUAUAAGGGAGACUACUUGAUCUGCACCAUCCCACAGAGCCUAUUGCAACUGGCAACUCCUCACACAGGCGCGGUUGAGUGGGUGCCGCCAUUGCCCAGCAGGAUCACGAGGCCGCUUGGAAGCAUGGGCUACGGAAAGCUGGGGAAGGUGGUUCUAGAGUUUGAGACUCCUUUUUGGUCGCGCCUGCAGUACGAUCGGUUUCUUGGCAUUUCCAGCCCCACCAGUGCAUCGAAGGUGAGCGUGUGGAGCCACCCUGUGCUCAUUCUCAACAUGUUCUACAUCAGCAAGGUGCCGUCUCUGGUGUGCUUCAUCCAAGGAAGAGUCACCGACCAUCUAGAACACAACUCGCAUCUUGCAUGGGAGUAUUUCCGGCCGCUUUUGCGAAAGCUCGGUCCGGCGCCUUUGGCCCCCACCAACGUGAUCGUCACAAGCUGGACCGUGGACCCCUUUGCUCGCGGGUCUUAUGCUGCGUGUCGUCCUGGAGACGAUCCGGCAGACCUCAUUAUAAAUCUUGAAAGAGGGCUCGGAAACGUGCGGUUUGCAGGCGAACACACUAUACUAGAUGGCGCAGGAGCAGUGCAUGGCGCGUGGAUGAGCGGCAAACGUGAAGCAAAAUAUAUACUGGAAAAUCUAUGA